ACAAAAUUGUAGCUGUAAGCUUAUUAAAUAAUCCAAUGAAAUGAACAAUCCGUGGCGGGAAAUCGGCUUUGUCAGCAAGCGAAAGCCGAAGAACAAUUUGCAAAUCGUUCAGAUAAAGAAGCGCAUUGCAAAGUCUAGGAAAUUAUUUGAGCAACGGCGAACAGAAUUGAUACAGCUUCAUUUAAGGAAUCGCAUCAAGUAUUUAAUAAUCGAAAAUCUCAAGUACAGACUAGCAGAAAACAAGCACAAAAGAAAGAUUCAGAAAAGCUUAAAGCAAUAUAAUAUCUAACUAACGUCAAGAGUCAUAAAAUAGAUUUCAAGGCAAAAGUAUGAAUAAAAAGUAGUUGCUAAUUUGUGUGGAAUUAUUAUCAGCAAAUAGGCAUUUUCGAUUUAUUUAAACAACCUUCGGAUCUGGAAGAGAAAUAGAAGUUCUGUGGCCUCAACUUGAAGAAUAUCAAAAGAUUACUGCCCAAAGCUUAAGAAGUAAUCUUCAAACAAUGCCUACCACAUAAGUCAAUUUGCAAGUCAAACAAGAAACUGUUCUAUUAUCUAGAAAUUACUGCUUAUCGUAUUUCAGCAAAUUAAUCACAUAUAUUUAGAGAAUUUUCUAUUUCAAAUCAAGCCAAAGCAAUAAAUGGAAUUUCGUUUGUUUGGCCCUCAGCAUAGAUUAUGAAAAUAUAAAAUAAA